UUGUGAUGUGUUCUGAUUCAUGUUGUGGGUUCUUGCUGUAUUUACAGACUGAUAUCUGAAAGUGCGUCUCAUUAAUCUAAAGCACUGACAUGAGAUUGACAUCUGCUGUUCUUUCCACUGGUCUGAUUGGCUGAUAGCAGAUCCAGGUCCCGCCUCUGACUCUUUAUGAAAGCUGGCUCGACUCUGUUCAUCACUCUGCUGAUCUCACUGACAUCAUGCUGCUCACCGUCUGCGCUCUGCUCCCUGCUCUGGCAUUGGUCAGUUCACAGAAAGUUGUGACGCAAAAGCCUUCGGUUAUAACAGAAGAUAAGGGAAAAACUGUCACUCUGGACUGUAACAUCGCGAAGGAUGAAAACUAUGUCCACUGGUAUAAACAGAUUCUACAAGAAGCUCCACACACGCCCCUGCAGUCUCUCCUUUAUCUGCUCCUCACGCUGCUCAUCUCUUCACUCAUCACGAGAGUCCCAUCACACACAGAUACGAUGCUGCCAGCGCUCUGCUCUCUCCUCACUGCUCUCUCAUGUGUCAGUGGCGUGACUGUGGUGACACAGAAGCCUCCUGUUCUCACACUGACUCAAGGGCAGACGGCCACCAUGGACUGUAACCUGGGGACUGUUGUUGAUAGAUCUGCACGCUGGUACAAACAGGUUCCUGGAGGAGUUCCUCAGCAUGUAUUAAGAAAUUAUCAUGGCUGGAGCUCUCCUGAAUAUGGGUCCGGUUUCUCGUCUCCUAAAUUCACAUCUACACACUCCUCUAAAUCAGAUUAUAACCUGAUUAUCAGUAAUGUAGAGGUGGGAGACUCGGCAGUGUAUUACUGUAAAACAUGGGACGACUCUGCUAAAGAGUUCGUAUUCGGCCAAGGAACAAAGCUGAUCGUCAGCGACGCUGCUCUCCCGGCUCCUGUUCUGACCGUUCUCCCUCCGUCCAGUGAAGAGCUGAAGUCUAAAAAAGGCACUCUAGUGUGUUUGGCCAGCGACGUGGCCGGCGGUUUUGCUGAUGUGCGUUGGUUCGUGAACGGGAACUCGGUCACCAGUGGAGUCAUCAGCGGCUCUGCGCAGCAGCAAGCCAAUAAGAAAUUCACACUGAGCAGCUAUUUGACCAUCGACAGCUCCGAGUGGGAAAACAACAAAGUCAUAACAUGUGAAGUGUCUGCUGGAGGAAAAGCCGCAUCGGUGAAGAUUAACAAGUCUGAAUGCAGUGAAUGAACCUGAUCCCAGCUUUUACAUGUUUACUGUUGAGUUGCAAAUCUUUCUUAGACCUGCAGUUUAAACUGUAGAAAAUAAUUCCUUCUUACUGAGACUAUAAUGUCCUGAUGAUGCAAUCGUUUUGUUUUUGUGUUUGAGAAAUAAGUUGAAGUUCAAUAAAGUGCAUUACAGAAAAAGAA